AUGCCUCCUCCAACCCCCACUUAUCUCGCAUACCAACACGACUCAAAACUCCUUCACCUCGAGACAACAGUCCAGUCCCUCCAACCAUUCUCCGACCUUGAAGAAGCCAACCAAGCCCUCUUCAAAUCCGCCAGCAACGAUGACUUGAUCCUCGUGACAAAGGACACCAUCUUCCACCCACAAGGCGGCGGCCAACCCUCCGAUGAAGGCUACAUCUUCCCCGCAGGCACAGUCACCAGCACGAUCAACAAUCCAGAAAAUGCACUCCUCCAAGUCCUAGCCGCACGAAUGGACGCUACAAACAACGGCCAAGUCCUACACCUCGUCCGCGCCAUGCCCAGCACAACAACACCCCUCCAAUCCCUAACCCCCAACACACCAAUCCUCCAAACCAUCGACGCCGAAAAACGCCUCCUCUACUCCCGCCUCCACACAGCCGGCCACGUCCUCGGCUCCGCAGUCCGCCACCUCCUCGAGUCCUCCAUUCCGAACUUCGACGAACUAAAAGCCUCACAUUUCCCCGACAGUGCAUCCUGCGAAUUCCGCGGCAGCAUUGGCGGCGAACACAAAGACGCUAUUCAAGCCAAAGUAGACGAGUUUAUAUCCCGAGCGAUGCCGGUUGAGAUUCAGUUUUGGGGGGAGGAGGAUUUUAAACGGGAGGGUGUGGAACAUCUUCUUCCUGAUCCGGGGUUGUUGGGACCGGGGCAGGACAAGUUUCGGGUUGUGAGGAUUGUGGGUGCGGAGGUUUAUCCUUGUGGGGGGACGCAUGUUGAUAGUACUGAUUUGUGUGGGGGGACGGUUGUGAAGAAGAUUUCCAGGAGUAAGGGGAAUAGUCGGGUUAGUUAUGCUGUUGUAUAG